AUGUCAGAAGGAGUUGACCUUUGCUGCGAUAAGCAAGUCAACGAAUGUGGGGACGAACAGUCGAAGAAAUGCGAUGGCAAGAAUGAGGAUCUAAAUGUUGUACAAGCCGCAGAAAAGAUCGAUGACAAUCAUGCACCAGAACAACAAGUUGAUAGUCCGAAACAGGAUGAUUCAUCGAGUGAAGGUGUUAAAAUUAUUGAAAAAUCGAUAGAAACGACGAAAAAAGACGAAGACAUUAAUAGCAAUCAUGACGAGAACAGCAAUGAAUCACACACUCAGCAAUCGGGAUCGAAUGUUCAUGAUGAAUCGAGAGUGGAGCCAAAUGAACCUGCAGUUGUAAAAACUGAAAAAAAUGAGACUGAAAAAGUAACUGGUGAAGAUGAAAGAUGUCAGUCGAAUUCUGCCUCAGACAAGAAACAGAAUGAGUUGGACAUCGUUGAGGGUGAUAGUAAAAGCAAUUCUGUAUUAACUGAGGAAGAAAGUCAAAAGUCGGUUGACGCAGAACCGAUUAAGGGUGACAAAAAAUGCGACGCUGUUAAAGAGCAUGUUUCUGAAGAAAAAAGAACUCAGGCGAUAUGUGAGUAUUCAAAUGAUGAUGAAAAUACGAUCAGUGACGAAGAAGCGGUUGAUGAGCUUGAUGACGAUGAGAACGUUGAUAAUCCGGCGUACAUUCCAAAAACGGGUCGUUAUUACAUGCAUGAUUCAAGAAAUACGGAUGAGGAGCACAUUCGAGAUAUGACGAGAUCACGCGCGGAUGUGAAGUGGAGACAUGAUCGUUACGACGAGCGGUUGCAAAGACCGAAGAGUCGACGUGAAUUGAUUAUGAAAUACGGACAUGAUAUUCGAACGACGGGUGUUACUGAAGUAGAUGGGAAAACGAAAGAGGGCGAUGAAACGAUAACAACCGUGAAGCAAGAACGUCGUAAUAAAACUAAUUCUGCUGCUGACAACAGACCACUUCGAAGAGAAGAGCAUCGAGGUAGAGGUGCAUAUGCUCGUCCAGUUCCAAGGGGUGGCAGGAGACAGCAUGAUAACAGUAUGACUUCACCUCGAGACAGUGCACACUCAAACAGUCAGCCUGCCGCACGCAUCAUUCGACCUUCUCAUGGCAGUGUGAAUUCAGAUGAUUUUUCACAUGCUCAUAAUGGUGAACAAUAUAUGCGAGGUGCAGGUAAGCAUCGAAAUGUAGGAGGAAGGGGUGCAAAUCAAGGAGUGCAGAUAGCACCAACGAGGGCCGAAAUGGCUGUUAGUGGUGUGAAUAGAGGUGGUGGGAAGCGAUAUUCAACACAGCGAGUAGCAACAAAUUAUUUGGACAACGCGAAUCAUUCGUCAGGCAGUCGUAAUGAGUGGCAGACGAGUAUGGCACCACAACAGAUUCAAGCGCAGGCUCAAGCUCAUUUGACGGCAGCACCACAACAGCAGUCUGCGAUGCAUGUUCUGCAAGCAACAGCAGCACAUCAACCAGCCACUGUUCGUCACCAUGCUCCUCCUCCGCCAGCCCAUCAUCUGCCAACAAGUGCUUCCACUCCACCAACUGCACUCCCUCCUUCAACCUAUCACUUAGCACCACCACCUCCAUCUAGUGAUAUCGUCUACUUCGACCCGCAACAACAACUCGUUCGCAAACAAAAUCCACCACAACCCAGAGCCAAGAAACGUUUAGAGAUUGUUUCACCAACACAGUCAAGCGCUACUAAUGUUACAGAUGCUGUCACUGCUACUAAAUAA